AUGUUCUUUUCAGAAUCUCGAAUUCCACCAUCAGUUCGCAGCGCCGUGUCACCACGUCGCUCAUUUCGGCAAGCCAGACAAUGGCCACCACCGCCUUCGGCGCCCACACCUCGUUACUGGCAGAUCAGUCCUGCUAUGCAGUUUCGAAAAAAAGACGAGCACGAGCCUCUAUCGCUUCACGAUUUGAUCGAGCUGACCGACAGGGAGGAAUCGGAAUCGCCGAAGCCUGCACGUAGAGCUAGGCCAAGGCGAGAUCGUCAGCGGGCAGCUACAGCGCCUGUCGGGCAAAUUGCGCACUCGAAAAUCUUCGAGAAGAACAGAACAGGUGACGUAGCGAUCAAGCAGGACGUGGCACCGCAUCGUGAAGAGGAAGUGUCGACCCAGAUAUUUUUGGACAAAGCUGAGACGACUACCAGAGUGCAGGGAAUUGUGUCAAACUUCCCACUCAGCGCAGAGCUCCGAACUCAAUGUCCCGCAGAAAAACAGCCAUCAACUCAUCAAAUUCAGGUCCCGGCAGAUGUUCCUGACAUGCAUUUGUCGGAACCCGAAUGGGACACUCACUCGAUACAGGCGGAUGUGCCACUAGAUCAGUUCGAAACGUCUUCUUCACUGCAUGUACCACAUACCAUAGAUUCGAGCACCUCGCCCAUUCCAACAAUCGAGUUACCCAGAAGAAAAUCUCUUCCAGACAAUACUUCGCAUGAUGUAAACUCGGAUUUCAUUCGCGCGCUCUCUCCAUGUCCUUUUAAGGUCCCACAAUAUAAGGAGAUAAUGCUUGAGCCCAUCACUGAAGUGUCAACUGAGCCAGCCCGCCCAGUUAUCCGCACCCCGCAACCGUCGGAACACCUUUCGCUGCUAGUUGGAAUAAAUACCACUCCCAGACCUUUUGUGAAAAGUCGCUCUGAGGAAGAUGAAGAAAUUAUAUCCAACAAAUCGCAGCCUCAGAAAAAAGUUGACUUUUCUAAGCCUACAGUAAUCCUUAGCGCAUGGAGGAAUGUUCCAGAAGUAGUGGAUGAGUCAGAUAUCGUCACGGAGAUAUUUUCACCUGCUAGUCCAGUACAUUCACCACCAGUAGAAAGAGAAGGUGAUUCAGAAAUGUUAAACAGUUCUAAUGCACAGUAUGAUGGCGAUGAAUCUGACAUCUACGACAAUAGAAGUGAAAAUGGUUCGAUUGCAAAUUCAGAAAAGGCAAAUCUGCAUCAACGGUGGAUUCAGGAAGAGGAGGAAUUGACGAGAAAGGAAGAAAUGGAGGAAGUGACUGGAGCAAGAAAGGCGAAGGAACCUAAGGAACUAAAGGAGCCAAAGGAGGAGUGGCGACAGCAUGCGAUGUCUCUUCUGAAUGAUGAAAGUCAGACGGAAAGGGAUUAUGCCAUAGUUGCCGCAUUAAAUGAACGUCUACAAGGUUUAAGAGACAUGGAAGAAGCUGAUAGGCAGAAGGCGAUUGAAUGUAUCGAAAGGCAUCAGAAAAAUCUGGAAGAACAACAGGAUCAGCUUAGUGUGCUGCUGGAUAGCGCUAUAGCCUAUUUGAGAAAUUUGGACACGAGCAAAUCGAGCAAAAAGACGAGUGAAGCGCCGUUAGAGCCUCCUAAGGAAGAGAUACCAAUCCAGCCAAGUGAUGUCAAAUCUACGGUAGAUGUGAAAGUUGAUAGGUAG